CUAUUUCCACAAACCAUCACCCGUGCCCAGUUGGUCUCGCUUCAGCAGCUUCUGAUCUUCUCUUCUCUUCUCUUCUCUCCUCUCCUCUUCUCUCCUCUUCUCCGGACUAUAUAAAAGUGUCCUCUCCCGAACCCCACCAAGGUCCGUUGCGUGCUCUAGGCCCUGCAGAGGCUUUGAGCUCGUGGAGAGAAGAGCUCUGGAACUUUUGUCAAAGCAGGGCGUCACAGUACAUUAUGAUAUGCUAUUCAAAUCAAAUUUAGGGAGCUAGAGAUUGUAAGGUUUUAACCAUUAAGCAGGAUUUCAUGAGCUUUUCUCGAAUAUCUGGUGGCCGUAUAGGAUCCCUCGGAACUUUCUUCAUUUGGAAUCAGGGAACUUAAAGAAGCUGGAUCCUAGGAGUAUGGUGUCAUGGCGUGGGCUCGGGCUACUCGGCCUGCUUUUGUCCGUGAAUUUUUUCUCCUUUUCAUCUGCAGCACAUGAACAGAUUCACUUGGUGCAACUGAGUCCUACUCGUGCGGGGAAAGACGAUCCAGCGUACUCUCAUCGUGGCUACUUGGAAGCAGCAUUGGGCGGUAACGAUUCGGUGGACGGCUGUUUGAUUUACUGUUAUUACAAUGUUUUCGAUGGCUUCGCUGCCAAGCUCACACCCGAGCAAGUUUCCAAGCUUUCCCAAAUGCAGGGAGUUCUGUCUGUGGUCCCGAACACCUUCGUCAAAACUCAGACCACGCAUUCCUGGAGAUUUCUCGGCGUCGAAAGUCCCAAGAACCCUGAGACGGGCGCUCUGUGGGAGCGAGCUAACUACGGCCAAGACGUGAUCAUUGGCGUGAUCGACUCAGGCAUCUGGCCAGAAUCGGCCAGCUUCAGUGAUCAUGGCAUGGGCCCGGUCCCCGCCAGAUGGAAGGGUGAAUGCGUGGACGGAGACGUGUUCUCUAAAGAGUCGUGCAACAGGAAGCUGAUCGGAGCAAAGUUCUUCUUAGACGGCAAUCUUGGUGUGAGUGACUCGACCUGGGAGUUCGACUACAAAUCGGCCAGAGACGUGGAUGGCCAUGGAACUCACGUAGCUUCGACUGCAGCAGGGAACUUCGCCCCUGCUGAUUGGAACGGACUCGGGAACGGCACGGCCAAAGGUGGAGCUCCUCAUGCCAGAAUCGCAGCGUACAAAGUCUGCUGGGCGGGAGCAAUGUGCUCCACCGCCGAUGUGGCUGCGGGUAUAGAAGAGGCCCUGAAGGACGGGGUUGAUCUGAUCACCAUCUCUCUCGAUAAUGGGCUCGAUAAGCCCAUGUUCGAGGACUUGUUGGCCAUUUCCUCCUACCACGCCAUGCGGCAGGGCAUUUUCGUGAGCUUUUCUGCAGGAAACACCGGCCCCUCUGCCGGACGCGUGGUCCAUGGCGAGCCAUGGUCCAUGGCAGUAGCGGCUGGUACCACCGAUCGCUUCCUGGGCUCUGAUGUUCGUAUAGGACUACAGGGACGCGCAAAGCCCUCCAUCGCAAUGAGGGGAUCGAUAAUUACCCAGUUUCCCACCAUCACCGCUCCAUUUGCGAAGUUUACGAACACGUCGAAGUUCUGUCUGAACAACACUUUGGAUCCAUCAGAAGUGCAAGGGAAGAUAGUCUUCUGUUUAAGGGGUGACCUAUCGGAGGACUUGCAAGACAAGGCCGAAAUGGUGAUGGAUGCCGGUGGAGUAGGAAUGAUCGCUGGAAACGCAGACAAAUCGAUGGACUACCAACUUCGUUUCGACCUGGUGUACAACUUUCCUGCACUUCUCGUGAAGGCAGCUGACGCUUCUCGAAUCCAGGCUUUCUUAUCCAGCUGUGACGAAGGGCUUUGUAACUCAAGAGAUCCCGUGGCUACCAUCUAUUCUCCCAAGUCUUACUUGGGGUUGAAGCCUUCUCCAAUGGUGGCUGAUUUCUCAGCUAGAGGUCCCAACAUUUUGACACCAUCUAUCCUCAAGCCCGACAUUAUGGGGCCAGGAGUUGAUAUCUUGGGAGCGUUUUACAACCAGCCCUACGCCUUCCUUUCUGGGACAUCAAUGGCGACUCCACACAUUGCAGGAGUAGCUGCACUUAUCAAAGCGCUUCAUCCCAGAUGGAGCCCAGCAGCGAUCAAAUCAGCUAUUAUGACCUCAGCAAAGACAGUCGACAACACCAAGAAACCGAUCCAGGAUUGGGAUGGCACCACAGCUAGCGCCUUCGCCACGGGUUCUGGGAUGGUGAAUCCUCCGGCUGCUCUUGAACCGGGUCUAGUAUACGACGCGAGUGCUCGAGAUUACAACCUCUUUUUGUGCGCUCUCGGUUACAGCGAUCAGAACGUGGAGGUCAUCACUGGCGAGAAAGGCUUCUGCUCUGCGGAAAAGUAUUUCCCAUCUCUGAGCAACCUCAACUACCCUUCACUAUCAGUUGCCAAUCUGACGAUGAAAGCCACGACCAUCACUCGCAGGGUCACCAACGUCGGAAGAGCCAAGAGUUUGUACACCGUUUCUGUUCAAGCUCCCGAAGGUGUGAAGGUGAGCAUAUACCCUUCAAUUUUGCGGUACUCGAGAGCUUACGAGACGAAGACUUUCACAGUGAAACUCGAGAGGACGAAGCCGGCCGACUUUUCUCAAGAGACCUACGCCUUCGGAAGCUACACAUGGUCCGAUGGGUAUCACAAAGUGAGAAGCCCCAUCGUCGUUGGGACCCAGCCAUCGUAAUCAGAUUAAUUUACUUCAUGGAUCGGUGUCAACUGCACGAUCCUCUUCAGAGAAGAUAGCGCUGCAAAGCGACAGACAGGUUAGAUAGAUCGAUAGAUAGUCAGAAUUUCGACUUUGCAGAAUUAAAUGAGCAUGAGGUGCUGAGGUGGGGGCCAAAGGGUCCAAACAACUUUGCACUUCCAAGAUAGUGAACACUUCUUCUCGCUCGCCCGAUGAAGAUGACCAUUCUUUUCGCAGGACACGGUGACCAUUGUCCCGAGCCCUCGUGGACCAUGAAACUGCACUGGUUGAUAAUAAUCUCAAUCCCGAUCCGAUGAUAGCCACAACUUGCCCCCCUCAUGCAAGCUCACCUUGAACCCUGAACCCUCUAAUUUCUCACAGUACAUUCUGUACCUAGCCUCUAAUAUUACCUUGUAUCUUUCAUUUAAUUUUAUUUCUCUUUU